AUGGAUGCAUCCCAGCCCCUGAGCGCCUUUCAAACCCGAACGUGCAGGCGCAUUGCCACCAUCGUCUUUGCCUUUACUCUGACGGCCGGCCUCAUGUUCACCCUGUCCCCGUACGCGCCAGAAAAGUACCUGCAGCGCAUGGCCGGCACGGCCAGCGACACUUUCAAGACGAGCCUAAUCCCUCAUUCUUUCAAGACGAGCCUAAUCCCUCAUUGUGGUGACUUUACCGGAUCCGACGAGAUUUGGGCGGCGUCACAGACGAAGUAUCAGAACCUACGCGAUGACAAGUUUACCAUCGCAUUGCAGACGUAUCGUCGACCCAAAGAGCUGAAUGACACCCUGAGUAAUCUGUUAUCCGAAGAGAUUCCUUCCCUGAUUAAAGUGGUGGUGGUGUGGAACGAUGUAGACAAUGCGCCCCCUCCGAACUACAAAUCCAAGCACGGCGUUUCUGUCCGGUACCGACAGUCGAAACAGAACAGCCUCAACCAGAAGCUAUGGCCCGAUCCCGCGUACGAGACCCAGGCUAUUUUCCUUUCCGAUGACGACAUCUACUACAAGCCCAAAGACCUCGAGUUCGUAUUUCAGACCUGGCGCAAGUUCGGCCGACGUCGCAUGACUGGAGGAUUCACACGAUGCGCGGACCGAGACGCUGAUGGCCGGUGGACGUACACCCUCUGCUCCACCAAUGAGGACCACAACUACUACAACAUGAUUCUGUCUGGGCUGGCCUUCACUCACAUUUCCUUCAUGGACUACUACUUCUCACAGGACGACGUCCCCCAAAAAAUUCGAGCUUACGUGGACGAGCAUUUCAACUGCGAGGACAUCGCGCUCAACUUUAUAACAUCCCUCAUGACUGGCGAGGGACCCCUGCUGGUCAAGGGCAGGGAUAGUUACGUGAGCGCCGUACCGAAGGUUGGUAUCAGCACGAAACCUGGGCACGGCGAGGCUCGAAGCAAGUGCCUCAACGAUUAUUACGACAUGUUCGGGUGCAUGCCACUGGUCAAUGAGACGUCGCAUAUUGAGCUCGGCGUCAUUCUUUCAUGA